AUGAUGGACGAGGGCAGCCAAGAUCAGAGAGUCACCACUGCCACACGGGUUGUUUUCGGUAGAGCCCAACAAGCACCACACUGGCGGGUGCCUGAGGCGCGGAGUGUUCAGGGCGUGGUUUCGGCUCGAAACUUCUGGGUGUCCACUGCAACCGCGGCUUGGCCGCGCCUCCUGCUUAGCACCACCUUGUUUGCUCCCUAA